ACUUCAGGGCCAUGUUUACAAGUGACAUGGCGGAAAGUCGGCAGAAGACAGUUGUGUUACAGGAUUUGAGUGCAGCUAUUUUUGGGGAGAUCCUGAGAUACAUUUACUCCGGAAACCUUAAUGUAUCGAUGGACAAAGUGCAGCCCCUGUACCAGCUGCAGGCAGCCAGCCUCCUCCAACUGGACUAUGUGAGAGACACCUGCAGCAGCUACAUGGCCAUGAACGUGGAGGGCUCCAACUGUGUGAAUCUGUACAAGUUUGCUGAUGUCUUCUCUGUGGACAUUGUCCGGAAAACUUGUCUGCAGUUUAUCUGUAGAAACUUUGUUGAGAUUGCCUCCAGUGAGAAGUUUUGCAGCUUGAGUGUGAGUCAGCUGACUGAGAUCAUCAGCCACGAUGACCUGGAUAUUAAAGAGGAGACAACAGUGUGGGAGGCUGUGGUGAGAUGGGUGCAGCACAACAGAGAGGACAGACUGCAACACCUACCCAGCAUCCUACCUCACAUCCGCUUCAACCUGCUGACUUCAGGCAACAUAGCAGCCAUCUUGGAACACCCCCUGGUCAGGGAGGACCCUGGGAGUUCAAAGGCCAUCAGGAAUGUGGUAAAGAAGAGGAACCCCAACCUGAAGCCAAGGCUUGGGAUGACCAUGGAGAUGGCUAUUCUAUCCAACACAGAGACCGAUGAGCUCCUCUUUAUGAACCCUCAGCAAGGGAGGUACAUCAGCUGCAGUUACAAACCUGAAGACAUACCUGAAGUCACAGCCUUAACAGCCACCAAUGAUAACAACAUCUACAUCCUGGUUAAUGAGUAUGACGGCCUCGAUCAACUGUAUAUGUUCAGAUAUAACCAUGCAGAAAACUUUUGGGGACAUGGCGGUAUAUCAAAAGUAUCUAAAUUUAAAAGAGUGCACUCAGGUUUGUUAACUCAUUGGAAUGAGUUCCUUGUUGAAGUUGACCAUGUUUUAUACUACGGUGCUGCUGAUCUAGGAGAAGGCAAUACAUUGGUGAGGAUGAGAAAGUACAACUGGCAAAUGGAUCAGUGGCAGGGUUGUUCACAGUUGCAAAUUGAUGGAACAGAAUCUAGUGAGCUCAGCGUGGCAUUGUCCUGUGGUGCACAGAUCUAUUUCAUCAUGACCUCAGCAAUGCAUCGCUACGACCCAAGCCAGGACUGUUGGUGCGAGCGGACUCCACCGAAUAUGAAAUCACCUUACUCACAUUUCACAGCUGUUGCCAUGGGAACGAAGAUCUUCUAUACAUAUCUUGAAUUCACUCAGAUGAUGGUGUAUGAUACAGAUUCUGACCGCUGGCAGAAACUACAAGGCUGGCCAAACCCAGGAAACCGCAGCAUCACUCACACUCCCAGUCUUUUUGUACUGGAGAACCAGCUGCACAUAUUGUUGGAAGUAUAUGACAGGGACACACCGGGAUUAUCAUCAGACUAUCUGGUAUAUGUGUAUGACAGGUCUGCUGAUGCCUGGAGAGAUUUGAAGGCCACCCUGCCUAAAAAGGAGUAUAUAGCACACGGUCCUUCUUGCCCUGUGGCACGCAUGUAUCUACCAUACCUUAGAGGGGCGCAAAAACACAUUACUGCUUAUGCUUGUCAGCAUUAAUGCGCAAAUAAAGGGCACAUGGAGUACAGGGUAGGACUAUACAACAAGAAUUUCUUUGCCCCCACAAUGGAUAGAUUUUGUACUAGAUGUUACACUUUAGGAAUUUAUAGAAUUUUUUGUUCCUUUUAUAUAUAAGGGACAUAUUAAAGUGGAAUGAUAGUUGUACUUAGAUUUUGUGACAACAUGUGAUUCUAUUUGUAUAUUCCUUACAUGGUUUUCUGCAAUCACCAUUGUAUUUGUUGAGCAAUUGACAGC